CGGCCGACGACGCCAGCCAUCACUAUGCCGAACCGGAAGGGCCUGCUGGCCCCGCAGAACACGUUCCUCGACACGAUCGCCACGCGGUUCGACGGCACCCACAGCAACUUCGUGCUGGGCAAUGCCAAGGUGUCGUCGACGUUCCCGAUCGUGUACUGUUCGGACGGCUUCUGCGAGCUGACGGGGCACGCUCGCGCCCAGAUCAUGCAGAAGGGGUGUGCGUGUCGCUUCCUGUACGGCCCGGACACGGCCGAGGAACACCGCCAGCAGAUCGAGCUGUCGCUCGAGAGCAAGACUGAGCUGAAGCUCGAGGUCAUGUUCUACAGGAAAAACGGCUCGCCCUUCUGGUGCCUGCUGGACAUCGUGCCGAUCAAGAACGAGAAGCGGGAGGUGGUGCUCUUCCUGGCGUCGCACAAGGACAUCACGCCGACCAAGGUGGCGCAGAUGUCCUCCUUGCCGUAUGAGGAACCCGAGGAGGAGCGGUUGUGCGGCGACGGAGAGCUCCGCCGAUCAAACUACCAGCGGCGUCGGUCCCGCGCCGUGCUCUACCAGCUGUCCGGACACUACACCCAGGAGAGGAAGUCCAAGAUCAAGCUCAAUAACUCACUGCUGCUGCAGCCGGGGUCUACAGCACCCUUGCCCGAGUACAAAACUGUGUCAGCCAAACGAUCGAAGUUCGUCCUCUCUCAUUAUGGAAUUUUUAAGUCCUGCUGGGACUGGCUGAUCCUCGUCGCCACGUUCUACGUGGCCGUGGUUGUGCCGUACAACGCCAGCUUCGUCAUGGAUCGUGACAGGCCGUCGGUGGUCAGCGAUGUCGUGGUGGAAGCGCUGUUCCUCAUUGACAUCGUCCUCAACUUCCGCACAACGUACGUGAACAAGAAAGGUGAGGUGGUCUCCAACCCGCGCUACAUCGCCACCAACUACCUAAAGGGCUGGUUCAUCGUGGAUCUGCUGGCGGCGCUGCCGUUCGACCUGCUGUUCGCGGCGGACGUCUACAGCUCGCUCCGACGGGUUCUUAACUUGAAAGACGAGGAGACUCCGAUCCACCUGCUGAAGCUGACGCGCUUGCUACGGCUGGUGCGACUCCUGCAGAAGAUCGACCGCUACACCCAGUACAGCAGCAUGAUACUGACACUGCUACUCGUGCUGUUCUCGCUGGCUGCCCAUUGGCUGGCCUGCGUGUGGUACGUGCUGGCCGACCGGGAGCGCCAGCAGCACUCCGCCGACUGGGACAUUGGCUGGAUACCACAACUGGCAGAGCGGCUGCACCUGUCCGUGGACAACGUCACGUCCGAGAUGUCCUACAUCACGGCCCUUUACUUCACCUGCACCAGCCUCACCAGCGUGGGCUUCGGAAACGUGUCCGCCAACACCAACAGCGAGAAAAUCUUCAGCGUGGUCGUAAUGCUGGUUGGAGAUCGGCAUGCCAUGUCGGUGAGCCUUGCACACUGCUUAUCACACUGCUUGCUUGACGGUCACGUGCAGAUCGGCAUGCCAUGUCGGUGA